GCUUCGUGUUAGUUGAGGACAGAGUGGUCACUUGCUACAUAACCUUUAUAUUUCCCGCAAACAGAAAUUUCCAACGCAUGUUAGAUCAAAACCACAACCCUAUCUUCACGACCAAAAUAUUAUCAUGAGCGAUACACUGUUGUCUGUCCUGACCGGGGAGAGCUGGUCGUGGGACUCAGACGACGCCAACCAGAUUACAUUCAACAAGGACGGCACAGGCACUUUAAUAUGUCGCGCUGAACUGAACGUGUGGAUUGCAGCAGAGUUUGACUGGAAACCCCAGGACGCAGAGUGUCUCGAGCAGCGCAUCGACCUAGCCAGCAAUACUCCCAAGCACCCAUCUCUCCUCUCUCAGUGUACCAUUGAGAUAACGCUUACAAAGCGUCGGAUUCCAAGACUGGGAGACGUAGAUAUGCAGAAGCGUAUCAUAAAUGAGGAGCUGCUAACGGAUGCUGCUUUCCUACCGAAACAAUAUGCAAUCAAACUAGAGGUCGGUCAGUUUCUCUCGGCCUUUGACGCUAGAGAGCACGUCAAAUGUGCUCCGAGGUUUGCACGUCGCAUCACGUUUGACAAGUCACCAUAUCCUCCGCGGGAAGAGUGGAAGAACCCUGAUGGAGCUCCAGAUGCAUUGAAGUUCUGGGAAUGGAAGGAGUUCUCUUGUCACCGACUUCCUGAGAAAAUAGAAUCUAGUGGAGAAGGUAUAUUCUCUAAAAUCUUGGGAAGCUUGGGCGGUCGUUAAAGCACACAUUUUGGGGUUACAGUGAAGGUGAAUAAUACUGCUUUAGUCCGUUUGGAGGAUUCGGAGGUUUCAUGUUCUUGGCACCGCUAUAACUAUGUCACAUUAAUUUAAUUAGACCCUAUCUUUUGACCCAGGUAUGGAGGAAAGAGGUAAGAAGCUCUGCCACCAAUUCCACACCGCUAUUCGAGACCAGAAACGCAAACACUGGGUAGAGUUCCCGGACCAGACAGAAAAAAUCUGGACGGCGG